AUGCCUGAAGGAAACAUGUUACUUAAAAACUAUAUAGAAAUAGAAGUGACGAAAUCUCCUGUUGUAGCAGUAUACCCAUUAAAGUAUAUGAGAGAUUACGAAAGUAUGCCAUAAGAAAAGGUAAUAUCAAAAAGUGUAUUUACAUGCUAAGAUGGAUUUAAUGAGGAUUCACCAACAUGUGGUUUCUAAAGAGAUGAAAAAGGCGAAAAAAUAUUCGAUUCACAAGGUUUUUGCUGUAAAUGUGGAGCAGCUGACUUUUUUGGUUUGGGAAAAGAAGUAAUGAGAGGAGUAGAUUGCCUUCCAUUUAAUUUAAAUUCAGGUUCUGCUAGCGCUCAUUGUUUACGUUUUCCAGGUAGAUGGUAUUCUGGCUAUGAAAUUUUAUAAUAUUAUAUAUAUUAUGAAAUAAAAGUUGAAGUAUACGAACUAGAAGGUAAUAAUAAUAAAAAGAGGAAGCUUAAAUACAAGCUAACAACAAGUACUACUGAUAGAAUCAAAAAAUCUCCAGACAAUAAGUUUCUAGUAAAAAUAAUCGGUGAUUUUUUCCCUACAUAACCUCCUCCAGUAUAUAAUAAUGUAUAUUUAGUACGCCCAACCCCAAACAGGCCUUAAGCUAAUAAUGAAUUAAGAGUAAGAGUAUUAGAAGGAAUCUCAAAUUGGAUGCUAAUAGAAAAGAAUCAAUUUACACUAGAUGGAACUGAAUGUAACAAAAUAGGAGUCUCUUAUGCUGCAUUUAGGAGAGAAAAUGGAUCUUGUAGUAAAUAAAUAGGCUCUUGUUUAAAAAAUCAAAUAGAACAUUUCUACCUUAGAGAUAUUGAAAGAAUAAAAAAAGGGUAGCCUACUUAGAAUUUACUUUUACCCAAAGGAGACUUUUAAGAAAGUUGGGAUAAAUAAAAUAAUACAUAAAUGAUUCUUUUUAUAGAAGGAAGUAUGUCUACAUUAAUUACAAUAGAAAUGGAUUCCGCGGAAAUUUAAUUCUUAACAAUGUUAGGUUAAGGAAAAUUUAUUCUUGUAAAAAUUAAUAAUUUUGAAAGUCAUUCGGGAAGUGGAAAGUUUGAAGCUCAUAUUUUGAAUAAAUCAAGUUUCGCAGCAGAAUUUAAUUUGGGAUUUUCUUGCGAUUAAAAUGUAUUGCCCAUUUCUGGAUAAAAACUUUUUCUUAAUCAAGAUUAAUUAUUUAUUUUCAAAUCUAGUGUUAAUGUAGUUAGUGAUUUAGGAAAAACAAAUAAUCUUUGUAAUGUUACGCUUUCUGAUGCAGUUAAUAAUGUUUUAGAUUUUGCCUAAAUUACGUUCAAUACAACUGAUGUUGUUAGAAUUAGUCCUCAAGGUAAUGGAACUUAUUAUAAUGAAAAUAAUAGUACUUUGAAAAAACCUUUAAUAGAGGUUACUUGUAACUAAAAAUGUCCUGACUUUUGGGAUAUUUUUUGUCAUUUUAGUACUAAGUGUUUAAAUAAUGGUUUUAAAACAUUAGGAACUGGCUUAGGAAUUUUAGUUAUCUUUUUAGAAUUAUUCGAUGUUGUUGCUCUUUUUGUUGUUCUUCAUAACCUUCAGAGGAAGAAGAAGAAUAAUAAUAAAAAAAAAUGA